ACGAGUUAAGGUCAGUGUAUAAGGACCUUUGUCUGGAAUUUUGUGAUGCUGUCAUCAAAGUUGAAGAUGCCGAAUUUCAAGUCCACAAAGUCAUCCUGUGUAAAUGCAGUCCAUACUUCGGCGCUCUCUUCAGACGCUGGUCAUCUCCAGACAAAAAGAUCUUUGAAAUACCGGGCCUGUCUCCUGACAUGAUGCAGCUCAUCAUUGAGUUUGCAUACACUGGUUAUAUUUCUGUGACAGAGGACAACGUACAAGAGCUGCUGCUAGCAGCAGAUCAGCUUAAUGUGAUGGACAUUGUACAAAUCUGCUGCGACUUCCUGGGAGAGGAGCUCUGCCCGGAGAACUGCAUUGGAAUCUGGCAGUUCACCAACAUCUGCUACUGCUUCAAACUGCGGCGCAAGGCCUACCACUACAUCCUUGAUCACUUUGAGGAGGUUGUUUCCUGUGAAGAGUUCCAGCAGCUCACUGCGGAUGAACUCACUGACAUCCUUUGUAGAGAUGACCUCAAUGUGAGAAAGGAGAGUACUGUGUAUGAGGCCAUCCUUUACUGGGUCGGAUACCAACCCGAUCAACGGAAAGCUAAUAUUGCUCGGCCCUUCUCCAAGCUCCGGCUGGCCUUGACAAGUGACGACUAUAUCAACAAGAUUGUGAUGUCCAGUGAGCUGGUGAACAGCAAUGCUGAUUGCAUGCACAUGGCUAUAGAAGCCUUACAUAUCAUCCGUCAUACCAACACAAACAGGUCCUCCAUGUCUGAGGACCAUUAUGCUGUUGCAUGUCCUCGCCUGCCUAAUGCAGUCCUGUUGGCUAUUGGAGGCUGGAGUGGCGAACAUCCAACUAACCUCAUUGAGGCAUACGAUUUCUGUGCUGACCGCUGGAUCAAUGUGACAGACAGUCUUGAGCGUCCUCGUGCCCAUCAUGGUGCUGCCUUCCUCAAUGGGUUUGUCUACUGCGUUGGUGGCUUUGCCAUGGUGGAGCUUUUUAGUAACAGUAUGUGCAAGUUUGACCUGAACACACACACCUGGCAUGAGGCUGCGCCCAUGUACUACUGCCGCUGCUAUGUGAGUAUUACUGUGCUGAACGGCUGCAUCUAUGCAAUGGGAGGUCAUGAUGGGUAUACAGAACUCAGCACUGCAGAGCGCUACAGGCCCGAGACCAACCAGUGGAGUCUCAUUGCACCCAUGCAUGAGCAGAGGAGCGAUGCCAGCUGCACAACCCUCAACAGCAAGAUUUACAUUUGUGGUGGUUUCAAUGGCAAUGAGUGCCUGCAAACGUGUGAAUAUUACACCCCAGAGACCAACCAGUGGACAAUGAUCACCCCCAUGAGCAACCGGCGCGCUAGAAUUGGCGUCAUUGCAUAUGCAGACCAUGUCUUUGCUGUUGGUGGUUUUGAUGGUAACGCCUUUCUGAGUAGCGUUGAGGCCUACAACCCUGGGACUAACACUUGGCAUGCAGUGCCCUCCAUGAUGACCACCCGUAGCAACUUUGGCAUUGAAGUGAUCAAUGAUCAGCUCUUUGUUGUUGGGGGCAACAAUGGCUUCGGCACCCCCUGUAAGGUUGAGUGCUACGACGUAAUAACUGGCAUGUGGUCUGGGGCCCGUGACAUGGGUAUCUUUCGUGGUGGCCUGAGCUGCUGUGUGGUGUCUGGACUCCCCAACAUGGAUGAGUACACUUUUCCCCGUCAUGCACUGCCACUUUUACAUUUACUGGAAGAUGAGUCGGUGGAGUCCAACUAAAACUCCUGAACAGUUUUCUGCCUUGAACUACAAUCCAACCUUGCAAGAUGUUCGCAUAAUAAAAUAAAC